CGAAGGUGUUUAGGAUUUGGAUUUGGGAGAGCCCUAGCCGCCUGGGAAUACGAGGGAGAUUCGAAGAAGAAGAAGAAAACGUAGAAGGAAGAAGGAAGCUCGGUAGCUGAAGGAGAAGGGAAAGCACCUGAUUGCAUCUGUUUCUAUUGAUCGAAGAAAUUGUUAUUCUCAACUCCAAUUAGAGAUUGACGAUUUUUGAAAACUCUACCAGGGAGGUAAAGAUGGUUUUAUCAGAUGCUGAAAUCAAGAGGCUUUCGGUGAUCCGCAAGACAGUAAUGCAGAUGCUUAAGGAUAGGGGUUAUUUUGUUGGAGACUUUGAAAUAAACAUGACCUUGCCACAGUUCAUUUCUAAAUAUGGUGAGAACAUGAAAAGGGAGGAUCUGGUGAUAAAUAAAGCUAAGCGAAAUGAUAGUUCUGAUCAGAUCUAUGUUUUCUUUCCUGAUGAGGCUAAGGUUGGUGUGAAGACGAUCAAGACUUAUACCAACCGCAUGAAAAGUGAGAAUGUCUUCAGAGCAAUAUUGGUUGUUCAACAGAAUUUGACUCCUUUUGCUCGGACAUGUAUAAAUGAAAUAUCUGCAAAAUUUCUUUUGGAAGUUUUCCAGGAGGCAGAGCUGCUAGUCAACAUAAAAGAGCAUGUUCUUGUUCCUGAGCAUCAGGUGCUUACAUCUGAAGAGAAAAAGACUUUACUUCAAAGAUAUACUGUGAAGGAAACACAGCUCCCGCGUAUGCAGGUGAGUGAUCCAAUUGCAAGAUACUAUGGGCUCAAGCGUGGACAGGUCGUGAAGAUCAUCCGUCCCAGUGAGACUGCUGGUCGAUAUGUAACCUACCGCUAUGUCGUAUAAAUUAAUCUUCCUGUAAUUUCAGUUUAAACUCAAUUGUUGUAGCUGCCAUGACAUAGUAUCAUUGUAUCAGUAAUUUCUCUCUGUCUAGGGCUGAAAACUAGUUCGUGUUUUUUUUUUUUCUUUCUACCAUGUCAAGAGUUAGUAACUUGUCAUUGCAAGGAGUUGAAUAAUUAACCUUAACUUUCAAAUUAUGGUCUUUUAGUGAAUACUGAUUUAACCAAACUCGUGUUGUUUGAAGUUAAUUGCUCAACAUUAUAAAGAUUUAAAUCUUGA